AUGACUCCUCGUGUGAUCUUCUUAUUCCUCUCACUUAUCUUUCUCUACCUCUCAACUACAUCACACUCUUUCGUCGAACCAAAAGUUCAGGCAUUUCUACACCCUAUUCGUAAAGACGACGCCACCAAUAGCUACUACAUCCCUUUGUCCACCGGAACAAAUAGCGACUACGUCCCCCCACUCAACCUCCUCAUUGACCUCAACGGAGCUGCACCGUUAUUGCGACCCUGUGCCACGGCCGCCAAGUCCACCUCCUACCACUCCAUCAAAUGCGGUUCCACAAGAUGCAAUUACGCAAACCCCAACUUCUCCUGUCCGAACAACACCACCAAGAAGCCCACGUGUCGGAAAUACGUCUCAACUUCGUUCUCGGACAAACCCGUCAAUGUCAACCUCCUCCGAGACACCGUCGCCUUGCUAUACACCCCUAAUGGAGUAUACCAUAUGGACAGCGAAAAGAUCUCGACGUUGACUUUGACUUGCACCGACGAUACUACUGCCUUAAGACCUAUCCCUUCGGCUUUCAAUGGAGCCAUAGGUCUCGCUAACACCGACUUCUCGAUCCCUUCCCAGCUCGCCUCCAUGUACAAAUUUCCUCUAAAGAUUUCUCUUUGUUUGCCUUCCACGAAAGGAAUGAAGUCUUAUUUUGGUAACCUUUGGAUUGGUGGUGGCCCUUUUUACUAUCUGCCUUACCUUAAAGAUGUCUCUAAGAGCUUUGCCUCCACGCCUCUAAUCGGUAAUGACAAGUCCGGGGAGUACUUAAUCGAUGUGAAGUCCAUCCAAAUAGGUGGAAAGACUAUUCCUAUUCUCCGUGGAACCACAAAGAUCUGCACUUUGGCUCCUUAUACCGUAUUGCACACUUCCAUUUACAAGGCUUUGGUCGCAACCUUCGCCGGAAAAGCCAAGAUGGUUAAAGCUCCCGCGGUGAAGCCUUUUGGUUCCUGCUUCCGCUCCAAUGGAAGACGUGGUUUUCCCGUGAUCGAGUUGGUGCUGAGGGGAGGGGCAAAGUGGAGGAUCCACGGGUCGAAUUCGCUUGUCAAAGUGAAUAAAGAUGUGGUUUGUUUAGGGUUCGUCGAUGGAGGUUUGAAUCCAAAGAACCUGAUACUGAUCGGAGGUUUUCAGUUGGAAGAUAACUUGGUGGAGUUCGAUCUUAAAGCUUCCAAAUUUUCUUUCUCUUCUUCUUUGUUGCUUCACAACACUUCUUGCUCAGUUGAUAGAUUCUUUGGUAUGUAA